GUGACCCUCGCGCGUCCUUCUGGUGCUGAGCCCGAGUUGAGGAGGACUGUCCGUGAUGGGGCUGAGUGACGAGAAAGCCCUGGAGAGCCGGAGCGGGGACCCCGAGGAGGAGGAAGAGGAAGAAGAACUUGUGGAUCCGUUAACUACGAUCAGGGAGCAGUGUGAGCAGACAGAAAAAUGUGUGAAGUUUCGUGAAAUUCUAGAGAAGUGCGAUGCUCGGGUGUCAUCAAGGUCCCACACAGAAGAGCAUUGUACAGAGGAGCUCUUUGACUUCUUGCAUGCUAGAGACCACUGUGUGGCUCACAAACUUUUCAGCAAGUUGAAAUAACUCCUUCUCUUCUGUAUCCCUGAUGAAGACCUGAGCAUUUCUAAGUAAACUUGCCCUUUUACAUCUGUAGCUUGAAAAUGUGGAAUAAGCAGUUGGCAGUUGUAACUAAAUGUGCAGGAGCUGUUAUCCCAAUUCCUUUACACUCUGUGGAAGAUACCUGGCUACCAAUUAUACUGUUGCUCUCCAUAUUAAACAUAUUUGAUGUAAAAAUGUUUAUGAAAUAUUACAGCAUAUUCUGCCAUUAAAUAUAUAAAAAGUUAA